AUGCGAAGGCUUGGCUUUCGCCAUGUACGUUCCCUGCUCUUUCCAAAACAACGACUGACAAACUCUGGUUUAGGUACUACUCCAAGCCUUAACUUUGCAACUGUCAUCGCUUCUGGAUUGAUGAUCUGGAAGGGGUUGUGCAUUACCAACUUUAAAUCGCCCAUAGUCGUUCUCAGCGGUUCAAUGGAACCGGCAUUGUACUGCGGCGACCUCCUCUUCCUCACGAACUCCGUCUCAGAACAAUACAAGAGAGGUGAUCUAACGGUAUACAAGAUCCCCGGCGCGGACAUUCCCAUCGUCCAUCGGGUGCUGGAGACGCACGACCGAAGGAGGCUGGGGAGCCAUUUGGUGUCAACGAAGGGUGAUAACAAUUAUGUGGACGACUUGGAACUUUAUCAAGGGCUAGAGUGGCUUGAGAGGAAGCAUACAGCGGGUCAAACUAAAUUACUCCGUCGCUCUAGGUUCUUGCCGUAUAUGGGAUACGUCUAUUGCGAUGGCAACGACUUUCCACAGUUGAAAUACGCAUUACUUGGUGUCCUGGGUCUCCUCGCUUUGUUGCAGAGGGAACGAUGA